UAAACAUCGACAAACAAUCUUUAGAUGCUCCGUCCCACUAGACAACGAAUCAACCGACAGACUAUGAAAUAUGAAAACCCCCAAAUAUGGCAGUAACUCCUGCAGGUGAAUCUGAGUAGGUCAAUCAUCAAUAACAUUAUAUCAAAGUUAGGGUUUUACAAUAUCCCUCCUCUGUCUUCAACUUCAAAAAUGGGAAAGACGGUGUUGGAGGACUCAUGGUUAGCUGCUCGAUCCACCGAUGUUCACUUCACCGGAGUUCAGCUCACCACCACCAAUCCUCCCUCUUCCGAUGAUCAUGUUCUCUGGAUGCCUGCGGUGGUUCCUGGAACUGUUUUGGCAACCCUUGUAAAGAACAAACGCAUUCCAGAUCCUUUCUACGGGUUGAACAAUGAAGCCAUCAUGGACAUUGGUGAUUCGGGCCGGGAAUACUACACUUUCUGGUUUUUCACAACCUUCGAUUGUAAGCUGUCAACUGAUCAGCAUGUUGAUCUGAAUUUCCGGGGAAUCAAUUACUCUGCUGAAGUAUAUGUGAAUGGACACGAAAUCGUGCUGCCAAAGGGGAUGUUUCGCAGGCAUUCAGUUGAUGUGACUGAUUUCCUUAAUCCUGAUGGUCAAAAUAUGCUUGCAGUUCUCGUUCAUCCACCUGAUCAUCCUGGUACCAUUCCUCCUCAGGGAGGCCAAGGCGGUGAUCAUGAGAUCGGGAAAGAUGUUGCCACACAAUAUGUUCAGGGGUGGGAUUGGAUGGCUCCCAUCAGGGAUAGGAACACUGGCAUUUGGGAUGAGGUAUCCAUCACUGUUGCUGGGCCUGUGAAAAUUGUAGAUCCUCAUUUGGUUUCAUCGUUCUUUGACGGUUACAAGAGGGUUUAUUUGCAUGCUACAACAGAUUUGGUAAACAGAAGUGGUAAGGCUGCUGAUUGUUCCUUAAGUAUUCAAGUGUCAACCGAGCUUGAAGGAAAUACAGUUUUAGUUGAAAAUCUCCAGACGAAACAAGUGUCUAUCCCUGCGGAAUCACAUGUUCAGUUUACAUUUCCUGAGCUUUUUUUGUACAAACCAAAUUUAUGGUGGCCAAAUGGCAUGGGCAAGCAAUCUCUUUACAAUGUUGAAAUUACGGUUAAUGUUGAUGGUUAUGGAGAGUCUGAUGCAUGGAGCAAUCAUUUUGGGUUCCGUAAAAUUUAUAGUGAAAUUGAUAGUGCUACUGGUGGAAGGCUGUUUAAGGUGAAUGGAGAGCCGAUAUUCAUUCGAGGUGGAAACUGGAUUUUAUCUGAUGGUUUGCUUAGGCUUUCAAAAACACGUUACCAAACAGACAUUAAGUUUCAUGCCGAUAUGAACUUUAAUAUGCUACGCUGUUGGGGCGGUGGAUUGGCUGAGAGACCCGAUUUUUAUCAUUACUGUGAUAUUUAUGGUUUACUGGUUUGGCAAGAAUUUUGGAUCACUGGGGAUGUUGAUGGUAGAGGAGACCCGAUCUCCAACCCAAAUGGGCCGUUAGAUCAUGAACUUUUCUUGUAUUGUGCACGGGAUACGGUCAAACUUCUAAGAAAUCAUCCUAGCCUUGCUCUAUGGGUUGGAGGAAACGAACAGACACCACCAGAUGACAUCAAUGAAGCUUUGACAAACGACCUAAAACUUCAUCCAUUCUUCCUAAAAGUCAAUAAGUCAACAGAAAAGGAAGAAACAACAGCCUUGACUUCGAUGGAUCCCAGUCAAUAUCUAGAUGGAACACGAGUUUACAUAAAAGGGUCAUUGUGGGAAGGAUUUGCAGAUUCGCAGGGUGGAUGGACUGAUGGGCCUUAUGAAAUUCAGAAUCCCGAGGACUUUUUUAAAGACGACUAUUAUGCAUACGGGUUUAAUCCCGAAGUGGGUAAUGUGGGAAUGCCGGUUGCUGCUACUAUAAGAGCAACAAUGCCUUCAGAAGGAUGGGAGAUUCCUUUAUUUAAUAAGUUACCUAGUGGAUAUGUACAGGAAGUCGCAAACCCUAUAUGGGUUUACCAUAAAUACAUUCCUUACUCUAAACCCGAUAAGGUUCAUGAUCAGAUACUAUCCUACGGUAAACCCAAGGAUCUUGAUGAUUUUUGUCUCAAGGCCCAACUGGUGAACUAUGUUCAAUAUAGAGCAUUAUUAGAGGGAUGGACAUCGCGUAUGUGGACUAAAUACACGGGUGUGCUGAUCUGGAAAACACAGAAUCCUUGGACCGGUCUACGUGGCCAAUUCUAUGAUCAUCUUCAUGACCAAACUGCUGGAUUUUACGGCUGUCGCCACGCUGCAGAACCCAUACACGUUCAGUUAAACCUGUCAACUUAUUUCAUAGAGGUGGUUAACACCACGUCAAGUGACCUUGCUGACAUGGCAAUUGAGGUGUCGGUAUGGGAUCUUGAAGGAGCAUGUCCUUAUUAUAAAGUUACUGAAAAUCUCUCGGUGCCAUCAAAGAAAACAGUACCAAUGUUCGAGAUGAAAUACCCCAAGUCCACAAAUCCUAAACCCGUCUAUUUUCUUCUUCUCAAACUUUAUAACCCGUCAGAUUUUCGUAUAAUAUCAAGGAAUUUUUACUGGCUACAUCUACCCGAUCGUGAUUAUCAGCUACUCGAACCGUACAGAAAGAAGAAAAUACCUCUCAAGAUGACUUCUGACAUUUCUAUUAGCGGGUCAACUUAUACUGUUCAUGUCAACGUGAAGAACACAUCAAAGAAACCGGAAAAAAAUAGUUCACUCUACAAGAACAACUUCAUUGAAAGAUAUGACGAUGGUGUUGACUUUGACUCUGACUUGACUUCAUCGUACAUUACAAAACCAGAAGCUGGUUUCCUGCAGAAGUUCUACAAACAAUUUUCAAGAGUAGAAAACGAUAGUAGAGUUUCUGAAAUCAACGGGGCUGAGGUUGGGGUUGCAUUUUUUCUUAGUUUCUCGGUUCAUUCUACUAAACAGGAUCAUCAAACAGGGGAAGACACUCGAAUUCUUCCGGUUCAUUAUUCAGAUAAUUAUUUUUCGUUGGUUCCGGGAGAGGAGAUGGCAGUAACGAUUUCUUUUGAAGUACCUAAAGGUGUCACACCGCGAGUUUCACUUCAUGGCUGGAAUUUUGAUAGUGCACAUACUGUUCAUUAAUCCCGACCCGUCAUUGCCUGUGUUUGUUUGUGUGUGUGUUUAACUAAACUAAUGAUUUUUUAAGUUAAUCACUAUUACAAAAUUCGGUUGCCCAGUCUGUUGUUUGUUGUAAUAAAGAGAUUGUUGUUUUGUUGUUGUAUAUGACUCAAUAAUUUUAUUUCUGGUGUUGCAUGUAUUUUAGUUACUACAA